AUGGGCAAAGUGAAUUCGAAUCGGUCCGAGAAGAAGGAGGUUUGUGGUGGUUCCGGUGCAGCUCAGCUAACUGGGAAGAAGCGGAAAAACGAAGGGACGUUGUUAGCGAACAAAGACGUGAAUGCCAAGCGAUCAAAGAAGGUUGCGAAAAACGUGUGUUCCCAAAGGUUGGAGUAUGAAGAGGAAGAAGAGAUCAGUGUGCUACAAGGUAUUCUUGAUUGUUAUGCUCUAACAGGGAAGAAUCCUUUUGUUAAUAUGAAGGAAACUUUCGAGUUCAUGAAGGAAUAUACAAAUUUAGAGUCUUUCGACGAAUUCGUAGAGAAGAUGAAUAGUUUGAAGAAGGUGUUAAUGGAUCAAAGGAGGAAUGCUAAAGAACCAUCUACCUCGGGUUGUUACUACCAGAAAGUUUCUAAGUUGUUGACAUUGAGUUCGGGAGAUAAUGUGGGAUCUGCCGUUGAGAAACCAAAGAGGAGUAAGCGGGUUGUAAAGCCUAAAGAAGAGAAGCAAACAGCGAUGAGUCGUGAAGGAGAAAAAUGGUUUGAGAAUGCGUCUUUGGUUCGACAAGUUGUAAGCCGUGGUGUUGAUGAAGAUUCUCUGAAGAGCAAAUGGGAUGGGGUUCCUACAGUGAAGAAGAAUAAGAUGGAUCAGAAAUGGAGAGUCUUGCGAGCCAAGGAACGGGAAUCUAUGCCUCAAAAGUCUAAGUUUUUUAAGGAUUUGGUUUCUGUUAUUGUUGGAGCAUCGUUAUCAUCCCGUUUAAUGUAA